AUGGAAGUCUUUGUCAAGACUGUUUCAACAGCCACUAUUGCAUGCCUGGUCAUGAAACCCAUUGAUCAGUACAAUGGCCAGCCCUGGUAUUUCAAAGUGGAACAUAUCGCACCAUGCCUCAAGCUUUGGACCAACUCCUACCCGGAUGAGAGCAUCACGAUUAAUGAGGCAUUCAAAAAGCUUGCUAUUUGCCACACUGUGGACGUGAAUGAUCCUUCCCGCAAUAAGCAAUCUAUUGAAAAUUAUGAAGACAAACAAGGCAAAGGUCGCACUAACUAUUUCUUUUCCAUGUGGACUACCUUCACCAUUCCAGUCGAAAACUUUUCAUCUGAAACUGAUGAUGCCCCUGGCCUUGUUCGUGCCAUGUAUGACCCCAAAUUGAAGACUAACUUCCCGAUUUUUGCCAAAAGUGCCAUUGUUAAAGUCACACAACUCACCCCUGAUGAAAGUCUCACUGACCUUGUCCCUACUGAAACGGAUCGUGAUAUCCACAGUGAAUUGUUUUGCAGUGCUACAGACACUAUGAAGUAUUCCAGCGACCUCUAA